CAAAUUGCAUUAAUAAGAUUUUAUUUGUUUGUUUUUUCAAUCUACAUUCUCAUAAAUAGAGUAUUUUAGAGAUUUUACUUGAUAUUAUGUGAUCUUAAGUUUACAUUAGGCCUAAAAUAUAUAUAGUAUGUACUGAUAUAAAAAUGCUGUACGGCACUGAAAUAGGCCUAUUUACACUACACUCACUGGUAAGUAGUCUAGUAUUUUUUAUAAUGUAUGUGAAUGUCACUUCUUGUAAGGGUUUUGAGUAGAUUUAAUAACUUUAUUUUAUUAUUAUUUGCAAAAUAUACAAGUAUCACACUAAAAGUGGAAUACAUUUCAAAGCUCCAUCUCUAUUAAUUAUUCACAUGAAUAACUGAAAACACCUUUCUUCAGGCUGGACUCUUUUCCAGUCUUCAGCUUUGUGCUGUUUGUAUUGAGGGCAUACAUGCCUAAACAAGGCUGUGGUGCAGGACACAAGAAGUGUCAUUGAAGAGUCCAAAGCUCUCACCACGCAGGCCCUGGCCAGUGUCACAUACCAGAUAAACAAUCUGGCCACGUCUUUGCUGAAGCUUUUAGAUGCGCAGACGGUUCAGCUAAAACAGAUGGAGUCCUCCGUCAACAUGCUGACUCUGACAGUUAGCAUGUACAAGGAGAAAAUUGCCCGGAGAGAGAUCGGAGUGCUGACCAAACAGUCGAAAGUUCCCCGGACACAGAAGAUGGUUCCUCCAGCAGGAGGACUGGAGCCGUUUCGUGUGUACAGACGUGUUCCCAUAUCUUACACCCGCCUGGACAAACUGGGCCACAGCCACUGGGAAGGCAGCAAAAUUGAAGAGCCAAAAACCGAAGCAGACAACGAGGACUCUUCCCAACAACUUGGCACACAGCUGACCAGCACCUUCAACUGGUCUUUUGUGGGUAUCGCAGUUCCUCCUCCAUCAGUGCCUGACUGGGUGGGUUCUAGCUUCGCGGCUCGUCCUGAUCUCACUCCAGCUUCACCGUCUCCUUCACUCAAGUCUGACCGCUCCCCGUCUCUACCUCCAUAUGCCUAUCCCGACCUGUCCAUGCUGCCUCCUCCACCUCUCCCAGAUGAUGAGAUGGGAGACGCUCCACCCCCACCCCCUCCUCCCUCUCCACCUCCACCUAAUUCUGUGUAUGGAGGCUCUUUGGUUCCCCCUCCACCACCUCCACCUGGUCAAAAUACCUCAAUGUCAUCAGCAAAUCCUCCACCACCUCCUCCUCCCCCAGGUAACAUGGCUGUUCCACCUCCGCCACCACCCCCUCCUCCAGGCAAUGUGCCUAUUCCACCUCCUCCACCUCCUCUUCAGGGCAAAACGACUGUUCCACCUCCUCCUCCACCUCCUCCUAGCUCUGCCUACACUGGGUCUUCGCUACCUCCACCACCACCUCCACCUCCCCAAAAUGCCUCCAUGCCACCACCACCUCCUCCGCCUCCUCCUAAUACUGGAGGAAAAUUUGUUCCACCACCUCCUCCUGCACCGCCUCCAUUUUAAAUGUUGAAUUUCAAUGUUAAUUUUAUGCAAAAGACUAUAACAUUUGAUGGGAUAAUUUUUUAAUUAAAUACUAUGAAAUUUGCUUUAUAAAUGUUACAUAAAUAAAUGUUAUAAAUAUAAAUGCUUAUGGUGUAAAACAUUAAAUAAAUGCAAUGUUUUGUAUUAAGCAUAUUAAAGUGAGUAAUAU